GCUUGUGGUGGGAGGAGGUCCUCUCGGCUUUGCCCUUUACGGGAGACGACUUUGAGCCCUCAAAGUCCCAAUUGCAACCUGCUAUCGGGGGAGGCAACUUUCCGUGUCCGCUCCAUUCUGCACCAAUAUCCGGUGGUCUUGCGCCACGGCGCAUGGACGGUGUGUAUCGAGGGGGCUUGUAUUCGAUCCUCGCUUCGUGUAGCUGUUGAGGAGCAGCCUGCAUCGCUUGUGCACGCCACUCUGAGGGAACCAUAUCUGGUCAAAGUAUUCGGUGCUGCUGUCACCCAUCCGGACCGUCCGGCUAUAAAUAGCGCUGCUGGAGGUGCAUCAUGUCGGUGUUGAGGAAGGAGAUGGACAAAUACAGAGACAUCGAUGAGGACGAGCUGCUCAUGAAGCUCUCCGAGGAGGAGCUGCAGCGGUUAGAAGAUGAACUGGAGGAGCUGGACCCUGAUAAUGCACUGUUACCUGCCGGGAUGCGUCAGAAGGACCAGACUAAGAAAGCGCCCACAGGAACGUUCCAGAGAGACGACCUGUUGGCCCACCUGGAGAAGCAAGCCAAAGAACAUCCAGACAGGGAAGACUUGGUGCCCUUCACUGGGGAAAAGCGAGGGAAGGCCUGGGUGCCGAAAAAGAUGGUGGACCCCAUUAUGGAGAAUGUGACCCUUGAGCCUGAGCUUGAAGAAGCACUGGCCAGUGCUACUGAUGCUGAACUUUGCGAUAUAGCAGCUAUCCUGGGUAUGCACACCCUGAUGAGUAACCAGCAGUACUAUGAAGCUCUGGCAAGCAGCACUAUAGUCAACAAGCAAGGACUUAACAGUGUGAUCCAGUCCACCCAGUACAAACCAGUUCCCGAUGAGGAGCCCAAUUCAACGGACGUAGAGGAAACCCUCAUAAGAAUGAAAAGGAAUGACCCUGAGCUUGUGGAGGUCAACCUCAACAACAUUAAGAAUAUCCCCAUCCCGACUUUAAAGGCAUACUCUCAGGCUCUGAUAGAAAACGCAGUGGUGGAGCGGUUCAGUAUCGUUGGAACCAGAAGCAAUGACCCCGUAGCGUUUGCCUUGGCGGAGAUGCUCAAGGUUAACACAACCCUGAAGAGCCUGAAUGUUGAGUCAAACUUUAUAACAGGGGCUGGAAUCCUUGCCCUCGUUGAGUCACUGCAGUACAACACGACAUUACUGGAGCUCAAGAUUGAUAAUCAGAGCCAGCCAUUAGGCAAUAAAGUGGAGAUGGAGAUAGCAAGCAUGUUGGAGAAAAACACCACAUUGCUGAAGUUCGGCUACCAUUUCACCCAGCAGGGCCCGCGUCUCCGAGGCUCCAACGCCAUGAUGAACAACAAUGACCUUGCCCGGGUUGUCAGGUCCGAGUCCGAUGGCUCCUUUACGCUCACUUUGUCCGUCCCUGAGCUGGAACGGGCCUUUGGGAAAAAGUUCAAGUCAAAGACUAAUAAGAAAGAGAAGGCUUGAAGGAGGACCCAUCCUCCCCAAGUGUCGGACAAAUGUGUAAGAAGCACUCUUCCCCUGCCUCGCAUCCCUCCACCCCCCGUUUUUGCCUUUUUGAAAAGUCCUCCCCAUCUCUAUAUGACUUCCAUUCGACCUCAAAGGGUCCGACGACGGUUUCUCCGGAUGACCUUGCACAUCAUCUCUGACAUGCAAGUGCGAUUCAGGGUUCAGAGAAAACUUUUUUGGGACUUUUUAAAAAAAAAAAGAUUGUUAGAGGAUAUAAAUGGUGUGAUCAACAAUAUCUGCCAGAAAAUCCAGUGCAUGUAAAAGGAGAAAUAAUUGUUCUUUGAAUGUUUAUGUGCUGGGAUGUUUGAAUUGUGCAAACUAGUAACCAUACAGUGCUGCCAUCUAGAGGCUUUUAUUAGCAACUGUAGCGCCUUGACGUCUUGGACUGUUUUCUAAAUGAUGGCUCUUUUGACAAUCCUGUUUCUACCGUUGUAUAUUGUUAUUAAUAUUAUUCAUGCGUGGUAAGUGACAUGGUUGCUUAUCCACAUGUUCCUCUUCAAUCAGCAUCAGACUGGUAUUUAGAUCCCAAGCAUCAAACACUCCAAAAAAAAUAAAGCGCUAUAGAUGCGUCAAAUAUUCCAUGUUCACCUGGUCGUGAACUUAUCCGAAUUAUGAUUAUUGUUAUCAUGAUUGUCAAACAUAAACUUACCGUCAUACUACAUCCCAAUAGUGGUCUAAUUUGGAGUUGAAUGGUUCAUUUUUAGCCUCACAAUUGAGACUUUCUGGUUUGAAAUCUUGGCUCAGGGUGGCUUUGUGUGCUUGUGCGACCACUCUAAAUUGGAGCUUCACAUAAUAUUAAUGCUUAUUAUUUCAUGAACAAUCUGACAAUUCUUACACUAUGAUUAAUUUGUGGGUGAUACACAAAAUGUAUACUUAAAUUACAUUCAAGCCUUAAAGCUGGGACGGUUACCAAAAAUAUAUGACAGAGCACAGAUUUUCCUACAAUAUUAUCCAAGUCCUGUUUGUUGUUAUUGUUUAUUCAAGUUAAAUCUUGAACUUUAAAAUGAGAUGCCUGGCAGAUGAUCACAGGCACACACAAACCUCUACAGCUAAGUUUAGAGUGUUUCACUAAAAGACAUUUUUGGCCGCAGCAUAAACAUGAAAUUCUGAUCAGGCAGAUACAUUUAAUUGAGGUAAAGUUUAAAUAGAUAAAGUUCAAACAAGCUUUGAAGCAGAUGCAGAUGAGGCUUUAAUUGGACCCUUUGGACAUUUUAAGUGUGUCAUUGCACUGAACCUGGUUUGAUGUUCUUUUUACCAAACAUUGUCUUUGAUUACUAACUAGAUACCACCAGCACGCGCUUCAAUGUGGAGCAUUUGGCAGCAUUUAUACUAGAAGGAGGAGGGAAACGCAGCUGCUAUCUAGUCAGGGUCAGGAACAAAUAGCUUGCUUGCUGAAAUUAAAAUGAAAUAUUUAUUGCUAUUUGAAGGAUCUGGAGAAAUGGGCAGCUGAUGUCAUUUACAACAAAUGUUAAUUAUGGACGGUGUAAACAUGAUUCGGUGACAUUUGCGGCCUUGUGUGUCCACUUGUCUCCAUUUUAUUUUGAUUAGCGUUUGAUGAAGAGUUUUUGUUAGCUAGUUCACAUUUAGUGUGGAUGGUGGUAUGUGAAAUAAAUGUGCCUUGAAAUUAAA